GUGUCAUUUGUAGACGGUUCGCUGGCGGCGUUGCGCAGGUUCAUUUUUAGAAAAGUCGAGUUGGGAGUCCUAUUAUUGAAGAAAAGUUGAAUGGUUUUGAUCGAUUAGAUCAGUAAUUAUUUUAGUUAGUAUAGUGAAAACACAAUAAAUCCAAAAUGGGAAUAAAAUUCCUUGAAGUUAUAAAGCCUUUCUGCAGUAUAUUACCAGAAAUAGCGAAACCCGAGAGAAAGAUUCAAUUCAGGGAAAAAGUAUUAUGGACAGCAAUCACACUAUUUAUUUUCUUAGUAUGUUGCCAGAUACCAUUAUUUGGUAUAAUGUCCUCGGACAGUGCAGACCCAUUCUAUUGGAUAAGAGUGAUCCUGGCAUCUAACAGAGGAACACUUAUGGAACUAGGAAUCUCACCCAUUGUUACAUCAGGACUCAUCAUGCAACUGCUAGCAGGAGCCAAGAUUAUUGAAGUUGGUGACACACCAAAAGACAGAGCAUUGUUUAAUGGAGCUCAGAAAUUGUUCGGUAUGGUGAUCACAAUAGGUCAAGCUAUUGUAUAUGUAAUGACUGGAAUGUACGGUGAGCCUAGUGAAAUUGGAGCUGGAGUCUGUCUACUCAUCAUCAUUCAACUGUUUGUUGCCGGUCUUAUUGUGCUGUUGCUCGAUGAACUUCUCCAAAAAGGAUAUGGUUUGGGCUCCGGUAUAUCUCUGUUCAUCGCCACCAACAUCUGUGAAACCAUUGUAUGGAAGGCCUUCUCCCCUGCUACUGUUAAUACUGGUCGUGGCACAGAAUUCGAAGGUGCAGUGAUAGCGUUAUUCCAUCUGUUGGCAACCCGCCCUGACAAGGUUCGAGCCCUCCGUGAAGCCUUCUACCGACAGAAUUUACCUAACCUCAUGAAUCUACUCGCUACUGUCCUCGUCUUUGCUAUAGUCAUAUACUUCCAGGGCUUCCGCGUAGAUCUACCAAUAAAGUCUGCUCGUUACCGUGGGCAAUAUUCGUCAUACCCUAUUAAGUUGUUCUAUACAUCGAACAUUCCCAUCAUCCUGCAAUCGGCGCUCGUCUCCAACCUUUACGUUAUCUCCCAGAUGUUAGCAGUGAAAUUCAGUGGUAACUUCCUCGUGAACCUCCUCGGAGUGUGGGCGGAUGUGGGCGGCGGCGGUCCAGCCAGGGCUUACCCGGUGGGAGGCCUCUGCUACUACUUCAGUCCCCCAGAGUCCCUUUCCCAUAUAGGCCAGGACCCCUUACACGCAGUUCUCUACAUGUUCUUCAUGUUGGGAUCCUGUGCCUUCUUCUCAAAGACCUGGAUUGAUGUUUCUGGAUCGUCUGCUAAGGAUGUCGCCAAGCAACUGAAAGAACAGCAAAUGGUAAUGCGUGGUCACCGUGACAACUCAAUGAUACACGAAUUAAACCGUUAUAUUCCAACAGCUGCCGCUUUCGGUGGUCUUUGUAUUGGAGCUCUCUCAGUUCUAGCCGAUUUCCUCGGAGCCAUUGGAUCAGGAACUGGUAUACUUCUGGCCGUGACCAUCAUUUACCAGUACUUCGAGAUCUUCGUCAAGGAACAGGCGGAAAUGGGCGGCAUGAGCACGCUCUUAUUCUAAGCUAUCCAAGCGUAACAUUCUAGAAAAUUUCAGAAUGCGCAGAGCAUUCUGGAACGUUUUGAGACUUUUAGAAUAUGUUUGGUUCUAGAAUGUUCCGAAUUGGAAUAAUGCAAUUUCAGUUUCGGGUGCGGAUUUUAGUGUUCAAGCGUUUUUACGCACAUUAUUGGAUAGUAGUAGUUAAAUGACAAUUUUAUCUUUUUAUUUUAAAAUUUUAGUUUCCUGUAUAUAGUGAUCAUAGUGACUUAAUCAAAUACAAUCUUUCCGUAUCUGAUAACUGAAUUGCGUGAAGUUAGUAAUAUGUUGUAGUGUGGAUCGCGUUGUUCACGCGAGUGGCGUGGGUUAUGUGCUAUUUAUAUGAAAGAACUUUAUAAUAAAUACUUUAACGAAAA